CAUUAUUCUCUUUCUUUAUAGCUGUUAUCUCAGGUAUUCUUAUUUAAUUUGGUUCCAUCGAUACAUAGUUGCCACCCCAUGUGUUAAUUUUUGCUUUCUUCAUACCAUUUACUUCAAAGUUAGAGUCUUUUUUGCUCAUAAUAUUUAGCUCUUAAUUAUCUCAGAGAGAGAAAAGUAGCUUGCUUGGUUCAUGAGAAACAUUUAAGAGUUUUGUUGAUAUCUACUUUGCUGGGAUGUAUCUUUCAAAGGGUUGCAAGCAUCAAGUUCUUUUCAUCUUGUGGUUCUGCUGCUACUUGCUACAUGUUUCGGCGGAGAAUAAUAUCACUGACCCUGUUGAAGUUGAAGCAUUGAAUGCCAUAAAGCAAAGAUUGAAUGACCCUAAUGGAAAUUUGAGCAACUGGGGACAUAAUGAUCCGUGUACAUCGAAGUGGACAGGAGUUUUGUGCUACAAUGAAACAUUGGAUGAUGGAUAUCUACAUGUUCAAGAACUGCAAUUACUGAGUUUGAACCUGACAGGAAAUUUGGCACCCGAGCUCGGCAACUUAACCCGUUUGUUAAGAUUGAACUUUAUGUGGAACAAGAUAACUGGGAGUAUUCCGAAGGAAAUCGGUGAAAUCAAAACUUUGCAACUCUUGCUUCUGAAUGGAAACAACUUAACUGGUUCACUACCAGAUGAGCUCGGCUAUCUUCCGAAUUUGGAUAGGAUACAAAUUGAUCAGAACAAUAUAUCAGGGCCUGUACCUAAAUCAUUUGCAAACCUGAACAAGACAAAGCACUUCCACAUGAACAAUAAUUCACUUAGCGGACAAAUCCCACCGGAGCUUUCCCGGUUGCCGAGUCUUGUUCAUCUUCUUCUUGAUAACAACAAAUUAACAGGAUAUCUUCCGAGUGACCUCUACAAGUUGCCAAACUUACUUAUAAUUCAACUUGAUAACAAUAACUUUGAGGGAAAUACUAUUCCAAGUUCUUAUGGCAAAAUGUCAAAACUGCUGAAAAUGAGUCUUAGAAAUUGCAACUUGAGAGGACCAGUUCCUGAUUUAAGCAGGAUACCCCGCCUUCUUUAUCUAGACCUCAGUUCCAAUCAGUUGAAUGGAUCAAUUCCUAGCAACAAGCUUUCCAACAACAUCACAACCAUUGAUUUAUCGAACAACAAGCUUACUGGAACUAUUCCUUCCUACUUUUCUAGUCUUCCUGUUCUUCAAAGAUUGUCACUUGAAAACAAUUUAUUGAAAGGCAGUGUUUCUUCCACCAUUUGGCAGAACAAGACUUUGAAUGGCAAAAAAUUUAUCUUGGAGUUGCAAAACAAUAGCCUUACAAGCAUAUCAGGCACUAGUGAUAUUCCUCCAAAUGUCACACUCUCGCUCAAUGGGAAUCCUCUAUGCUCAAAUAAUAAGUCCUUGGUUCAAUUCUGUGGAUCUGAGACUGCUGACAAUAACACAAAUGGCAUUGUAUCAACAAAUUCCAGCUCAUGCCCUGCUCAAGCGUGCCCUCCUCCUUUCGAAUAUUCCUUGGACUGUUUCUGUGCAGCACCAUUGCUUGUCAGUUAUCGACUGAAAAGUCCUGGAUUUUCGGAUUUUCGACCAUAUGUGCUUUCCUUUCAGGAAUACCUGAGUACAGGUCUUAGUAUACAGAUGGAUCAGCUUCAAUUUAGUUUUUAUUGGCAAGCCGGACCUCGGUUGAGAAUGGACUUGAAGCUUUUUCCAGUUUAUGUUGGUAACAGCAGCUCUCAUAUUUUCAAUACAACCGAGCUCCUACGGCUCAUGACCAUGUUCACUGGAUGGCACAUUCAAGACAGUGAUUUGUUUGGUCCUUAUGAGUUACUUGGCUUCAAUCUCCUUGAUCCUUACAAGGGUGUGGUCAUCCCCAAGUCUUCAAAUUCAAAGUUAAGUACAGGUGCUUUGGCUGGCAUAAUCUUAGGAUCAAUUGCCUGCGCCGUGACGUUAUCUGCAAUAGUUACACUCCUUAUAUUAAGAGUGAAGUUGAAAGAUCAUCCUGUAGUUUCGAAGCGACGUCAUUCAUCUAAGAUCUCAAUAAAAAUUGAUGGUGUAAGGGCCUUCACUUUUGGAGAAUUAUCUGCUGCUACCAACAAUUUUAGCAACUCUUCUCAAGUAGGACAAGGAGGUUAUGGCAAGGUUUACAAAGGUAUUCUUUCUGAUGGCACCGUUGUUGCCAUUAAACGUGCGCAGGAGGGGUCGCUGCAAGGUGAGAAAGAGUUCCUCACAGAAAUAUCAUUACUUUCGAGGCUACAUCAUCGCAACCUUGUGUCUCUCCUUGGAUACUGUGAUGAAGAGGGUGAACAGAUGCUGGUUUAUGAAUUCAUGCCGAAUGGUACACUAAGGGAACACAUUUCAGUUACAGCAAAAGAGCCUCUGAGUUUUGCCAUGAGAUUGAAGAUUGCGCUAGGAUCAGCAAAGGGUCUUAUGUAUUUACACACUGAAGCUGAUCCUCCAAUAUUCCACAGAGAUGUUAAAGCCAGCAACAUAUUAUUGGACUCUAAGUUCACAGCAAAAGUGGCUGAUUUCGGACUUUCGCGGCUCGCUCCAGUUCCUGAUCUUGAAGGAGUUGUCCCUGGCCAUGUUUCCACAGUGGUAAAGGGCACCCCGGGUUAUCUUGAUCCAGAGUACUUCCUAACUCACAAGUUGACUGAUAAAAGCGAUGUUUAUAGUCUUGGGGUUGUGUUUCUGGAACUUUUGACUGGGAUGCAACCAAUCUCACAUGGCAAGAACAUUGUUAGAGAGGUUAAUGUCGCGUAUCAAUCUGGCGUAAUAUUUUCGAUCAUUGAUGACCGCAUGGGGUCCUAUCCAUCUGAGCAUGUAGAAAAAUUCUUGACCUUGGCCCUGAAGUGUUGCGAAGACGAGCCAGAAGCCAGGCCUAAAAUGGCAGAGGUGGUUAGGGAGCUUGAAAACAUAUGGUCCAUGAUGCCAGAAUCAGAUACCCGGAAAGCCGAAUCAAUAACCAGUGAUUCAGGAAAGUUAAGUACAAGUACACCAUCUUCAUCCUCUGCUAUAAAGACUCCUUUUGUAUCAGGAGAUGUUUCAGGUAGUGACCUUGUUAGUGGAGUAAUACCAAGCAUCAAGCCAAGAUAGAAGAAGAUUUCAUGCUGCAUAGUGUGAGUUAUUGGAUCAGGAAACUAUGUGUUUGUUAGAUUUGAUUUCAUCUUCACUAUGUAAAUUCUUUUUGUUAGUACAAUGUAAUAAAACUUAUAGAGAACUGGAAGGUAAAUAAUAUUAUUGAUUUUGUAGUUAUGUAAGUGUUACGAAAAUAAGUGCAUGUUUUAUGUUUGAA